GAUCGCCCAUCAGUUCGCUUCAGGUAGUUUUGGUCCGGAGGAAAUUUGAACCGACCAACGUGAAUUCCGUGUGUUUUUUGUACACUCUCUCGGAUUUUGCUGCAGAAGCUCUUUCGAGCGCUCGGUGAAUAGAAGUCAGUUUCCAAUCUGUUCUGCCAAGCAGAAGAAUCUGUGUUUUUUCGCAGAAGUUUUUCGUUGUUGUUGGUCCAGAUCCUGGAGGAAGGAAAAAAAACCCAUUCAAGCGAAAAUUUCAUUACCACGUCGGAGCACAAGACGGGGGCGAGAAAGUGAGAGAAAAAAAGGCAUUGAGUGAAGUAAAAAAGACGUUGUUAUCAGCGAGCUGCAAGUUUUGGUGCAGUGUUUCCUUACCUCGGUUUGCUCGGCUGCUGCUAUCGGGAUAGAUUCAUCCCAGCAGGAGAAGAAGCUGUUAAAUUGAGUGCACGGUCGAAGAAGUAGACGAGAAUACGGAACGGCAAAAUCUCUCAAGUGUGCGAAACGUUGCUCGAAAGGUGUCCAUUAUUAGAUAAUACGUUUUUUUAAGUUGAGGGAAAUCCCACAGAGAGUCAGUGGGGGAAGUAAAAGGCAGCUGGAAAUUGGCAAAUAAGCUACAGUCGACGGGGUGAGGCAGGAGGGAUUGAAACAAAGUACAAACAGAGCAUAAAAAGGCAGCGAAAAAAUGCUUUCAAAAGUCACCGCAAUGUCUCACCGAAGUACCGCCCUGGUGGCGCUAUUCUUCUUGUUCAGCUGCUUGCUUGCGGUACAAGAGGCGAACGCACUUCCACAGUCCGUCACGGUCGCCACCACCCCCAAGCCACAGGUCUCGGAUGAAGCGCUCGAAAAGGCACUCAGUGACAAGCGCUAUCUUCAGAGACAGCUGAAGUGCGCCCUCGGCGAAGUGCCCUGCGAUCCGGUGGGCAAGCGGCUCAAGAGUCUGGCACCGUUAGUACUCCGUGGCGCUUGUCCCCAGUGCACCCCAAUGGAGACACUCCAGAUUAAGAAGACAUUGGCCCAUUUGCAGCGGCAUUAUCCCGUGGAAUGGAACAAACUGGUGCAGACGUAUGCCGGCUAAGGGAUCCAAAGGGCACAGUAAGCGCACAUCUAGCUAUUAAUAUAACUGCCAUCUGGGAUUGAACUGUACAAACGAAACGGGGCAUCGCUUGGAAAAGGGGAUUAUUUCUGCUCAAAUAUAUUAAACAGAACCGGCUGCCAUACAGCAGCUGAUGUGAUCAUUUGCAUGGGAAACAUUUCGAGAGGCAAAAUGCCAACCAACGAUGACGGAUAGAGAAAAGUUUGAAUAAAUUAUUCUGCUCGUAGUUGAGCGAAAUUUUGGUAACCAAACAA